UUUUGGUCUUGGCUUGGCUGUUGUAAAGUGUUUUUGUUUUCACCUUAUCAGUUUGAUUGAAGUUAGGCGUAAUAAUUUGGCACUGUCCGCUGAUGUACUAACUUAAUAUCAUUGUGGAAGUAAUAAAAGUUUGAUAUUACUUUUGAACAAUAUAUCAAAACCCUGUGAAUAUAAUAUGAGUUUUGACCAAUGUGAUGGUUCGCUGUGGAACUGUAGCCCUGUGCGUUUCAGCUUUGCAGAAAUAUAAGUUUUUUAAGAUACUUGUGACGAGCAAAGAAGAGCCUGAACGGUCAGAAGGUACCUAGAAGAUGGCAUUGACGAUAUUACCAGAAGAAGUACUUGAGUUGAUCGUAGGCUACUUCUCCGUGAAGGACUUGCUAUCUUGCAGCGCUGUCAGUUUAGCAUGGAGAGAAAGGUUUAAUGCUGAUGUGUUCUGGAAAAGAUUUUGUAUAAAAAGCAUUUCAAAUUAUUUAGAAAAUGUUCAAUCUCUGGUUAAGCCAGUUUUUACAAUGCCCUUGGAAAACGAAGAGCGUCUGCAGCCACUUUGUGAGUGGCGCAUCCGUUACAUGAGGCAAACACAUUUAAUAAAUAACUGGAAAGGAGAAAAUUUCUUGAUUUCUGAUUUUAGAUCUUAUGUAGGAGUAAUCUCGGCAGAAGUGAAAAUCGAUUUUGAAGGAACCCAUUGGCUGUUUGUAAGGACUACGACCGAAUUGGAAAUUUGGAACAUACACAAUGACCCUAUACUUCACUCAACAAUAGCUUUAUUUGGAGACUGUGCCAUAAUCAACAUUUUCCUAGCAGAGAGGUACGUUCUGGUGACUCAAUGGAAUGUUUUGUCUAUUUAUGACUUGCGGUCUAGUGGGACCUCAAUCAAAGCAAAAUCAAGAUGUAUAUUAGAGGAGGACAAACCUCUACCACCGACUUUAUGGGAAGUCACAGACAAAACGGAUAUCAAUUUAAUCAAUGAAGACGAUGAUUUUCGCUACUGUCAGUUUGGAAGUAUGAUUGUCGGAUAUAAAAGGAUACCAAAUCCUCUCACAGAUUUGACAAUGCACAUUUGGGAAAUAAACACCGGUGGAAAAGUGAAAUACGAAUCUAUGUGGAAAAGCUUGUUUGAAGGCUAUGAAAUAGCUUUUACCAACAUUUUUAGAAUCGAUGACAACAAAGGCUUAAUUCGUAUGGUCUUUAUCGAUGUUCCAAGAGUUUUACAUUCACAAAUUUUUGUUUAUGAUUUUAAAAAGCUUAAGUUCAAAGAAACUAAUAUCACUUUUGACGGAGUCGUUGUGUGGUGCGGUUGUACACAAAAUAUAAUUGUUACGUUUACCUCUCAUCCCGGUAUCAUCAAGUUCUACGGUUAUACAUCGGGCAAGCUUCUUGCAGUGAAAGAGAUUGGAGAAUACACAAACUCUGAGCAGAUGCAGUUGGUGGGAUCCUACUUGCUCUAUUGUAUGUUCAACUGUAUGAAUGUGAUGGACAUACACAAUAGAGAGAUAGUCUACUGUGUGGAGUUCAGCUUUUACUCAUUUGUCCGACGAUUGAGUGUUAUCGAACCCAGAUUCGUAGUCGUUUGGCUGCUGCAGAGAGGGGGAAGUCCAGGCUGCCCAGUAUAUUAUCAGGAAGUUUGGGAUAUCAAGGAUCUCAGCAACAAGCUCCUCCAGUGUUCUGGCGAGCAAGGGUUUGAAAUGGCCGCCUCGAGUCCGUCCCCGAUCAAACAGGUUAUCUGUGCUGAUGUCACCAUGUCCGUUUACACCUUCUGGUAGAAGAAUCAUCUGGGGAUUCAAUCAUGUUCAUGGAAAUAUGUAAACAUAUGUAUAGUUUCUGUUGUGCAAUUUUUGUUUUUCUGGUCAUAUUUGACAAGAUUAUUCAGUAAAUCUAGCCUUUUAUCUCCAACUAAAACACAAAUACAGUACAGUCCUGAUAAUCCAAAAUCCGCCAAAUUCAAAACGCCCAUUCUGAAAAAAUACUUCGUAGGCCUAAAACAUUUCUGAACUGAGAAAUGUGAAGAAAACAAGUUUUUUUUAGAAACAUUUUUUACUAAUUUACUACAUGGAUACUGAUACUGCCCAUCAUAAUUUAUUGUUUACCUUUGAUCACAGUUACGCUAAAGUGCAGUUUAUUUUUACUCUUUGAAUACAAAAUGUAUUACUUUUCGUGUUUGACACAUCAUAUGCUUGUAAAACCAAUAUAUAAUGACAAAUCUCCGUGUAAUCCAAAGAUUUGUAAAUAUAAAAAGGGUUUUGUUCCAGUUAUCUUUGGAUUGAUGGGACUGCAUUGUAACAAAUAAAUCAAGAAAGGUUUUUUUCUGAAGAGGUGAAUAUUGGUAAUCAAACACAAAUAAUAACAUAGAAGUCUAAUACCAUUUUAGAUUUAGUUUUUUUUUUUAUUCAUUAAUUUAUUCACGUUUUGUUUGGUACUUCUUUGUAAUACCAAAGGUCAUAUUGUAAUCAUUCAACUACACCAAGUUCAAAAAACGUAUUGAAAUGUGUUAAAUAACCAUCAUGAAGUUUAAUACUUUAUUUUAUUGAGAAUAAACUUGAUUUUUAUUCAUUCACAAGAAUCAAGAAUCAAGAAUUUAUUACAACAAAUUACAAAAAAACAUUUUGUAUAGUUGAGGUCAAUAUGAAAUGUCCAGUGGUUAGCAUUAGGGCCUAUAACAUUCAAUAACUAGGCUACUUUAAAUAAUUUAAACAACAAAGUAAGUUACACAGAUUUAAGGCCUACAUCAGUCAGAAACUAAAAACUAAUAUCAAUGUCAGACAUGAAAAAUUCACUUAAACUAUAAAAAGGGUGAUUUAAUAACCAGCAAAAAAGUUUACUUUUAAAUAACUUAAGAUCAACACAAUGUGCCUCAGCUGGCAAACGAUUAAACAUUUUUAACCCUAUAUAAGAAAAAGACUCUUGUGACUUUGUUAGCCUGACUAAAGGUAACUCUAAAUUAUUCCUAUGUCUAGUAAAAUAACUAUGUGAAUGUGAUCUCAAGGCUACAGCAUUAAUAUUAACUUUUACAUAAACAAGACACACAUAAAUAAAUAAAUUAAAAACAGUGAGUAUUUUUUCCUGAAUAAACAAGGGUUUGCAAUGGGCUCUGUACUUAGAAAAAGUAAUGAUUCUUAAAGCCUUCUUUUGUAGGAGCAAGAUUCUGCUAACAUCAUGACCACAGCCCCACAGCAAAAUACCGUAGCUUAAAAUACUAUUAAAGAAGGCAAAGUAGGCCAUCCGUAGGUAGUGUCUAGGGAUUAAUUUUUUAAGCUUGCGGAGUAAGUAAAUAACUCUUGAGAGCCUACUACAAACAUGGUCAAUGUGCACACUCCAGCCUAAUUUAGAAUCCAGGUAUAUACCCAAUAAUUUAACAUUAUCACAGAGUUGAGGAAAGUUUAAAUCAUGGUUACUUAAACUAAAUAAAAUAGAUUGAGUCUUACUAUUAUUCAAUAGGAAACCGCUACUUUUGAACCAAUCGUUACAUUCAAUGAGACAGUUGGACAUAUAAACAUUAAGAUUAUCUAAACUGUGAUUAGGUCUACUGCAGAAAAAAGUUGAAUCAUCAGCAAAAAUUAUAGAAUUACAAUUUACAUUAACAGGCAAGUCAUUAAUUACAACUAAGAAUAGAAAUGGGCCAAGGAGACGUGUUGAUCACAGUUUAUAUAUUACAAAUAAAAAAAACGCUAGCUCAUAUUCAACCCAUAACAAUGUAUUAUUCUAUAUAACAAGGAUAUUUGCUUCAAUUUUAAUUGUUAUUGUCUUUUCAAUCACCAUAAUCUUACUUCGUGUGAAAUUGAAACUUAAUAAUGUGUUCAAAUUACUAACAUUAAGUUAUGAUGAGGUUUAUGUAUACUCAGAUAAUACUUAAUUUUUUUUAUUUCUUGUUGGAAGAUAAAUUAUUUUAUUGUAUUUGUUGUACAUGUAUGUACAUAAGAAGAUAAACGUGUUUUAUAACAAGAUUCAAAAUAUAUGACUCGA